AUGUCUCGACUGCGAACUUUGCCAAAUCGGCCAACCACUGCUAUUGAAAUUUCGGAGGAAAAUUCCAAAAUUCGUGCAAAACUUCAUUUCGAAAAACCGUAUGAAAAUGCGACUUUGGAAUUUUUUGAACCAGAAGAAUUUGAGGAAUUUCUAAAGGAUUUUUUGGUCAAUCAGGAAACUCCACUUCGUGUAUUCAAAUUUGAACUGGCAGAUUUGAAAAUGAAAAUUCUACAGGACUCCUUGAAAUCUAGAAUUUCGUUACUCCAAGUCAGAAGGAUAUUUUUGGAUGUUUCGGAUACACACCAAUUGGCUCCAAUUUUCCAAUAUUUGAAUUCAUAUAGUCUCAAAAAAGUCAUUCUGAGAAUUGAUGAGGAAUUCGAUAUUGAGGGAUUCAAAUUUUUAGAAAACUGGAAAAGAAGUGGUUUAUUAAUUUUGGCUUUGAAGUUUAAAAAUAUUUAUUUGGAAAACUUGAAAUCGAUUAACAAGCUGCUCUAUUAUUGGUCCACAUUCCGUCAAAUUGAUAUAUUUUACGACAACUAUAAUAAAUAUGAUCCAUGUGAAUUUUUCGACGUUCCAUUCGAAAAAUUAUCUGAAAAUUCAAUCAGAAUCGAGUUAUCACCUAGAAAUCGAUUAGCACCAUCUUUAGUGAAACUAAAACUGAGCAAUGAAAUGUCACUCAAAGUUCUAGGAAAUCCAUUGGUCAUGGGAAAUGUUUUGAAAUAUUUCAAAGCAUUCGACAUUCAAAGCCUUCGAAAAACGUGUAAUGGGAUUAGAAGCUGUGUGGAUCAUCUGAAGCCGGAUCCACAAAUUGGAAUCUAUGGAAUUUACAUGAAAACCGAUGAAAGCAUUUCCGCGAAUGUUCGAGUUUCCGGAUAUCGGAAUUGUAAAAGUAUUUUAUAUGAGAGAACCGAGGAUUCCAAAGAUAUAGUUUCGAAAGUUUUGGCUGAUUUUGAAACGAUCACAAAACAUCAGAAGACGUGUCUGGAAGAAUUAAGACUCUUUUUCUCAUAUUAUAACUUGACUGGAGAGCCAAAUGAACCUUUGAGGACUUUAAUUCCUGAGAGUGUGAGAGCAGAAGACGUCAUGCAAGUUCUACCAUAUUUGGAUCCGAAAUAUCUGGAAAAACUGGAAAUCAAUGAUCCACAUUAUGAGUAUUUGAGGCUUUACAAUAGAAGGAACUACCCCGAUGCGUUGAAAAUUCCAUAUGAUAUUGAGGAAAUGGCAAAGACUGAGCAAUGGAAAAAUUUGAAAGAAUUGGAAGUUAAAAGUGAAAGAAUUUCUACUCCGAUUCAAAAAAUGAAUUUGACAAAUCUUUCAAAAAUCUAUAUUACUACAGUGGCUCGAAUCACUUCCAAUGAUAUAAUUUUCUUGAAAGAGAAUCUUCUUACUCCGAAGCUCAAAAGAUUCAUAAUCUGUUUCAAAACAUUUGUCGAAGAUCCACAACUCAAUGAUUUCUUUGGCCCACCACGGAAUACGUUUGGAACUAGAAGACUUUGGUACUUCCCGAUUCCUGGAACAAAUCGAGAAAUGAUGGAAAUUGAUUUAAGCCAAAAUUUGUACUUUGAAAGUGUUAAUUACUAUAGAUAUGGUUGA